GCUACAGCAGGCACGGGGUGCAGCGGUAGUGCUCCGGUUGCUUGCGAGAGAGGGGCAUUUUCAACACAUUCUUCGGUUCUCCUAUCAACAGUUCCAGCCCCUCCUCGGGCAGUGCUGUAGGCGUCCAAAACAAGCAUCCAGGUCCUGGCAGUUUGUACUGACGAGCGCUUGCACGACACUGAGCCUGCCUGAAGCUGGGUUGUUGCAUCAAGUACAUUCACCGUCUGCCAUAUGGUGGACUACUCUCGGUUCGACCACAUCGGUUCAGACUCGGACGAUGAUGGUGCUGCGGUCGGUUCGUCCAAGCCGACAGCAAUGAGACCAGACGCGGCUGCACAGGAGGAGGCCAUUAGAGCAAGUAGCAGCAGCUCGUUGCCGUCUGGAUCAGCCGCGGAGGGGGGUAGAAAUAGCAGCGGCAGCGGGGGAGGGCCUGGAGGAGGGGAAGGAGGAAGCAGGGCUUCUGUUCCUCAGCCCAAGAUGAUGACAGCGUCGAAGAAGGGGAAAGAAGGCCGCAUUAAAUUCGAGCACGAAGGCAGGACCGUGUACGAGUGGGAACAGUCCCUGGAAGAGGUGAAUCUGUACAUAGAAACCCCGCCAGGAGUGAAGGCGGAUCGGAUCGAGUGCACGAUUACUCCGAGACACAUCUGCUUGGGAUUGAAGGGGAACCCCCCGUUCAUUGACGAAGACACAGGCGGACCUGUGGUGGUGGAAGAGAGCUACUGGAUGAUGGACGGAGGGGAGCUGAACGUGAACCUGCAGAAGAUGAAGAAGGCGGACACGUGGCCGGCCGCGCUGCAGGGCAGGAACACGCAGGUGGACCCCAUGACCCUCGAGGGCAUGCAGAAGAAGAUCAUGCUCGAGAGGUUUCAGAGUGAGAACCCUGGAUUCGACUUCUCUGGGGCAGAGUUUAACGGCCAGGUGCCCGAUGCCCGAUCUUUCAUGGGAGGAGUCAAGUACACAUGACGCCGGCUUGUUGCCAGUCAUGUGCAUACCUCAUCGGAGAUCUGUGUCAACAGAGAUCGAUAGGUCACUAGAAAACGCUACCGAAGUGAUGUUGAAAGGGGAAGGCAGAGCAGCAGCAGAAAGGUAGCCAUCUACGACCGUACGCUUGAGGUGCUGUGUUGGUGGUGGUGCAAUGCACAACAUAGCAUAGCAGAACGGAGUGCGGAGUGAAAAGGAAAGGAACCCUGGUUGCUUGUUGUGCACCGGCAGCAGCAAAGCCUUCUUGAACGACCAUGGCCCUUUUGGCUUCGUUUGUGCGUGACGGGUGUGAGGUCCGAGCUGAUGGGAGCACAUAGCUAAAUCACGAGUGUCAAACCCUUCGUUGUGCCAUUGACAUGGUGCGUUCAUCUGAUGAUGUGUAGGGGGUGUAGGGGUUUCAAGCCAAGUGCAAUGUUGUGCGCCGCUCUUGUCCGGCCGAGCCCAAGAGAAGGCAGAGAGACCGGGGGCAUCUCUCAACAGCAACGAGCGAUACCGUUGCACAACAGCUUACACUCCGUAGCUACUGCUGUUUGAAGGGAAGCCUGCCCUAGUCUCGUUCAACGUGUUACCAUUCAUUGUAUUCCUUCGUGAAUUGACCGAUGAAUCCCCCACACGCCGGCAGUUGCACAGCGGUGGCGAAGCAGAGGCAUUGUUUUUGGCCUGCAGUACCGCUGUUUGCCGGUGGCAGAAGGGCCUGAGUCUCUUUUCAGAGGGAAACCCACAUGCCUCUCCCACAUAGGAUCUGGCGCGGGUGAGGGAAGGGAACCCACCGGUUGUGAAUGGUUGGCACCAUGUGUUCCCAGGACUAGGUUACUGCUGGAACAAAAUGAAAGCAGUUCUUUUGUUCUUUGCUCCAACUAGCAUCACUGAUAACUCAGUGUUAGGCUUACACAAACUCAAAAUAAGCCAAGUCUCCAGUUGGUUUCAAUCCACCUACUGAAAAGGCCUUACCACAUCCCUUUCGACCGAGGUUAGAUUUCGAAUGGGUGGUCUUUCUGUGAGGUUAUGUUUACUUUGUAAUAAUGAAACCAGUUCGUCCGUGGCAUUUUCCGCUGUGGCGCGACUCCGGGCGGUGGAACGUCUACAAAUAGAGUGCAUGGGGUUGUGACGUCCAGAGUAGGUAGAGGUGAUCACACGACAACAGCGAUGUGUGCGAGUGUUGCGGAUCUCUCCGAUGGUUGGUUGGUGAUGGGUGAUGGAUCUUUGGUCGGAUCUUGCCUUUAUUUACCAUGUGACAUGAUUAUGUCAUCCCCCUCGAAAUAAUUCUUUGGUUUGCUCUCCAGGGAGGGGCAAAAGCGGCACAAAGUGUGUGGGUCAUAUCUAUGGGUCACAUCCCACCAGGCUGUAGGAAUCGCAUGCAUGUCUGCCUUCCACUCCCGUCGCCAGACAGUCUAGGAUACAUCUUCACCAAGUCUCACAAACAGCGGCACACAAGCAACGGUCUGCGGUUCGAUGUUCGAUGCAAUUUAGGGGUUGCGCGGCUGAGAAGCACACCCCCACCAUAUUUUGGAGGGCGGCCGGAGGAACCUGUCCAUAGGGAGCCAUGUCUCGGUUCGUGGACUUGCUCGUGUUCCCAGCGCCCCUGGAGCAUGAGUUUUCUGGCCACGAGAAGGUUCGUCAAAUCGCUACGACAUAAUUUUGGCGUUAUGCAAGCAUGUCUUGAUCGCGCAGUGCGCUUUCGUUGAUGGGGGAGGGUUGGGGGGCUGGUGUGUCUGGGAGCACCUGCUGCUGUGCCGUUCCCACGCCGCUGCAUUUCUGUGGUUCUUUGGGCCGUGGAUGGGAGGCUGUCUUUUUAUUGGCUUGAGCGGGGAGAAACAGCAGCAGCAGGAAUGAAAAGCGCGCACUUGGUGUUUUCGAGCACCCCAUAACAUUUUUUGACAUUGACUCUCGACUCUCUCCUGUUUUGACGGCGCCGCACCGCGUUUGUCGGCUGUACUGGUGGUAGGUUCUUCUGCGUUCUGCUACACGAAGUUACUUGUUGCCGAAAG